AUGAAGAUUAGCAUGCUCAAGAAGACAUUGACUUUCAAACUCUUACAGGCCCUUGUAAGUGCAGAUAAAGACUCAACUUAUGAAGACUUCUACACACAGCUUCAGACAAUGAAUGACUGUCUUACCAAGCUCAAGAAUAUACAGAACAGUGAUAGAAGACAUUACACCUCAGUGACUCAUACACCUGCACUGAGGAAUAACAAUGAUGCAGAUGUCAUGAAUUGA